AUGGUGGUUUGUAAAAAAUGUCAUAUGUUGAUGGUUGUAGCUGUUAGCUUAUUAUACGCACGUGUGGUCUGCCGUAAUCCACGAGGAUCGUUAAUGACUCGCAAACGACCAGCGUUGGACACUGAAGAAAUUCUAGCAAGCCCACCAAGCAAAAUGACUUUGCGUGACGGUUCCACUAGUAGUAGUGGCCACAGACAAGAUCAGGCACAAACGAUGCAUUCUCUUGUAAGUUACCUGCCACCGCCAGAAACUUCGUUUUCUGAUCGAAAGCAGUACAGGUCCAUAGUGCUAGCGAAUGGAUUGCAUGCACUAUUGAUUGCUGAUCCAACGGACGAUUUGAUGGCUCAGCCCGAACAGCAGGAAUAUGAAGCGGAUGGAAACAGGUUUCGCACCACAAGUAGUUCUGCAUCAUCUGAUGCAGAAGAAUCGAAUGAGGCGGAGCAUUACGAACAGCCAAAAAGUGAAACAAGUUUUCGUACCGUAUCUGACGAUGAGAGCAGCAACAGUGCUAAUGAAUCAAAAAUUAUGGACGAUAUGGAGGGCGAAAAGUUGGCGGCUGCUGCCCUGUGCGUUGGUGUUGGUUCGUUCAAUGAUCCUCGCAACAUACAAGGUCUUGCACACUUUCUGGAACAUAUGAUUUUUAUGGGAAGCAAAAAGUAUCCCCGGGAAAACGAAUACGAUUCAUACAUCAGUAAAUGUGGCGGAUUUGACAACGCAGUAACAGAUUUGGAAGAAACUACUUUCUAUUUUGAAAUUGAUGAAGCACAUCUAGAAGGUGCUUUGGACCGUUUUGCAAGCCUUUUCACGGAACCACUUAUGCUGCGCGAUUCCGUAUGUCGUGAACGUGAUGCCGUAGAAAGUGAGUUUCAAACAAACAAAAAUCGGUUUUCCUCGGCCCGAGAACAGCUAGUAGCAUCGCUCGGUCGCGAUGAUCACCCGAUUAGUCUAUUCUCGUGGGGCAAUUUGGAAACGUUGAAAAAAAAUAUCACGGACGAUGAGCUGUAUACAGAGCUCCACAACUUUCAACGCCGACAUUAUUCUGCACAUCGUAUGCAUUUUGCGGUGCAAGCACGGAUGAGCUUGAAUGAACUAGAGGCUCUAACGGUGAAGUAUUUUUCGGCCAUACCUGCUAAUUGGAUUCCGGCGGAUAAUUUAUCUACAAUGUUCAACGAAACCAACGCAUUUCGAAAGGAAUACUACCGAAAGCUUUACGUUGUUAAGCCUAUUUCGGAUGUCUGUCAACUUGAUAUAACGUGGUGUUUGCCGCCUUGUGUAAAGGAUUACCAUGUAAAAGCAAUUGAUUAUAUUUCGUAUGUAAUGGGCUUCGAAGGAAAAAACAGUUUAACAAGCUACCUUCGCAAGAAGUCGUUGGCUCUAGAUGUACACACAGGUGCCAGUUCUGGAUUUGAGAAAAAUUCCCUUUACACUUUGUUCACUACAUCGAUAACUAUGACCGACCAUGGGUUGGAAAAUGUAGAACAAAUUUUAACAGCCGUCUACUCGUUCAUACGUUUGCUAAAGCUCCAGGGACCUGUUGAAUGGAUUUUCAAAGAGCUGCAAGAACUGGAAGCGACGUCCUUCCGAUACCGUAAAGAAAAAGAAGCCAGCGACAAUGUAGAAGAAUUAGUCGUUAACAUGAGAUACUACCCACCAGAACAUAUUAUUACUGGUUCGGAACUUUACUUCAAAUAUGAUCCGAGUGAAAUAUGGACGGUUAUAAACAACUUGAAUGAGCCAAAAUUUAAUGUUAUGAUAUCGUCCACAAAACCAUUUAGAAAUGUUACGUACAACCGUACGGAGGCUUGGUUUGGAACUGAAUACGUAGAACUGGAUGUUCCAGAAGAAUGGCUGCAGUUGUGGGAAACAGCUAAACCAAUUCCGGAAAUACAACUUCAAGAUAAAAAUCAAUAUAUUUCAACUGAUUUCAGAAUACUAGCGGAUGAAGAUGGUUCAAUCGAGGUUGCAGCAUAUCCGGAAAAAAUAGUUGAAAAUGAAAUGUGUGAACUGUGGUUCCGACAAGAUACCAAGUUCAGACUUCCUUCGGCGCUUAUGUAUUUUUACAUCAUUUCUCCAUUGCCAUUCAACAAUCCCCGUAGCUCCGCUUUGGCGGGUUUCUUUAUAUCGAUGGUUAAAUUUCAAAUAGCAGAAGAACUGUAUCCGGCCGAAGUAGCUGGAUUAAAUUAUGAGCUGUAUCCAGCUGAGAAAGGACUGGUGCUAAAAAUUGAUGGAUACAAUGAAAAGUUGCCCAUCAUAGUGGACGAGAUUUCGGCUACGAUGGGACGAUUUGCAGACAUUUUUAGUGAGAGUGUGUUCGAUAUUAUCAAAGUAAAGCUGGAAAAAGCAUACUACAACGAGUUAAUGAAGCCCAAUAAAUUAAAUAGGGAUGUUCGUUUGAAGCUAGUGCAGUUGAAUCAUUGGACAACGUGGGAAAAGUUUGAGCACAUGAAAAAUUUCACUGCCAACGAUGUACGCCAAUUUGCAAAAGACUUCUUCAACGGCUUCAAAAUCCAAGCCCUUGUGCAGGGUAAUAUGCAUAAAGAGGGGGUUCAACAAGUGAUGCAAAAAGUUUUAAAUAAUUUUAACGGGUCACCUAUUCAAGAUAUAAAAAGCAUUGAAUCCAAGACACGAGAAAUUCCAAUCGGAGACAAUUUUCUGCGAGUUAGGAACUUCCGGAAACAAGAUGUAAAUACUGUAACUACUAAUUUCUACCAAGCAGGACCAGUUACACCAUUUUUGCACGCAUGCUUAGAAUUGCUAGUUUCGUUGCUAGAAGAACCAUUGUUUGAUGUAUUGCGCACAAAGGAACAACUGGGUUAUGAUGUGUCGACUACGCUGCGAGAUAAUGCUGGGAUACUCGGUUUUUCUAUAACGGUACAUUCGCAGGAAAACAAAUUCAAUUACCGUUACAUAGAUGAACGAAUAGAACUGUUUAAUGAACAUUUUGUGCAAGUACUGCAUGAAAUGACCGACAAAGAUUUUGAGCUAGUGAAAACAUCCUUGAAGCACAGAAAACAAGUCGUUGAUACUGAACUGAAAAAUGAAGCAUCUCGCCAUUGGGGUGAAAUCACAACUGGAGAGUACAUAUUCAACCGAAACAAGCUAGAAGUUGAGAAGAUUGAAGAAUUAUCAAAAACAGAUGUUUCGCAGUUAUUCCAUCGCUUGGUGGUGGAUUCAAAGAGUAGAAGAAAGCUUUGCGUACAGAUUGUUGGAAAUGAUGAAAACCCACCGGAGAAAAACGUUUUAUUACCACCUACUAACAAGAUGGAUACGUAUGAUGAUACGAAUUUUCACCCAAUGUACAUUGAUUCGCAAGUCCAGUUAGACGAUAAUUGCCGGUAUAUAAAAGAUAUCGACGAAUUCGCAAAGCAACUAAAGGUACAUACGAUGGUGAAAAUUGAUUUCAGCGUUUGA